GGAAGCUGCAUCUUGUGUAUGGCGUGGCUAAGCUUGCAGCCUGUCACCUCGGCCUUCCUCCAUUUUGGGCUGGUUACUUUUGUGCUGUUUUUGCAUGGUUUGCAGGUGGACGCUGGCCUGACGGGAGACUCAAGCAGUUCAGUACAAAACAGCUCGUGUUCAGGAUCUUUUGACUGCAAGGAAGGCGUUAUCCUGCCAAUAUGGUACCCAGAAAACCCAUCCCUCGGGGACAAAAUCGCCCGCGUUAUCGUGUACUUUGUAGCUCUGAUCUACAUGUUCCUUGGAGUCUCCAUCAUUGCGGAUCGGUUCAUGGCAUCCAUCGAGGUCAUUACGUCGCAGGAGAAGGAAAUCACCAUUAAGAAACCCAACGGGGAGACCACGACGACCACCAUUCGCAUCUGGAACGAGACCGUUUCCAACCUGACCCUCAUGGCGCUGGGCUCCUCGGCGCCCGAGAUCCUUCUGUCCCUGAUAGAGGUGUGUGGGCACGGCUUCAUAGCCGGAGACCUGGGGCCCUCUACCAUCGUCGGCAGCGCUGCUUUCAACAUGUUUAUCAUCAUCGCCAUCUGCGUCUACGUGAUCCCUGACGGGGAGACCAGGAAGAUAAAACACCUGAGGGUCUUCUUCGUCACGGCGGCCUGGAGCAUCUUCGCUUACAUCUGGCUGUACAUGAUCCUCGCUGUGUUCUCUCCGGGAGUGGUUCAGGUCUGGGAAGGUCUCCUCACGCUGUUCUUCUUCCCGCUCUGCGUCCUCCUGGCUUGGCUGGCAGAUCGACGUCUGCUCUUCUAUAAGUACAUGCACAAAAAGUACCGCACCGACAAGCACAGGGGCAUCAUCAUAGAGACGGAGGGCGACCACCCGAAGGGGAUCGAGAUGGACGGCAAGAUGAUGAACUCCCACUUCCUAGACGGAAACUUGGUGACCGCGGAGGGGAAGGAGGUGGACGAAUCUCGCAAAGAGAUGAUCCGGAUCCUGAAGGACCUGAAGCAAAAGCACCCGGAGAAGGACUUGGACCAGCUGGUAGAGAUGGCUAAUUACUAUGCCCUGUCUCACCAGCAAAAGAGCAGAGCCUUUUAUCGCAUCCAAGCCACCAGGAUGAUGACAGGAGCUGGCAACAUCCUGAAGAAGCACGCGGCCGAGCAAGCCAAGAAGAGCACCAGCUUGCACGAGGUGCGGCCGGACGAGCCCGAGGAGUUCAUCUCCAAGGUUUACUUCGACCCCUGCUCCUACCAGUGCCUGGAGAACUGCGGCGCCGUCCUCCUGACGGUGGUGCGCAAGGGAGGGGACGUGUCCAAGACCAUCUACGUGGACUAUAAGACGGAGGACGGCUCCGCCAAUGCCGGCGCCGAUUACGAGUUCACCGAGGGGACCGUGGUGUUGAAGUCGGGGGAGACGCAGAAGGAGUUCUCCGUGGGGAUCAUCGACGACGACAUCUUCGAGGAGGACGAGCACUUCUUCGUGCGGCUCAGCAACCUGCGUGUGCUGGAGAGCGAGGAGCCCCCGGAGCUGGGUCACUCGCCGUACCCAAAGGCCAUGCUGGCUUCUCCCUGCGUGGCCACGGUGACUAUCCUGGAUGACGACCACGCCGGCAUCUUCACGUUUGAGUGUGACGUUAUCCACGUCAGCGAGAGCAUCGGCGUGAUGGAAGUCAAAGUCCUGAGGACAUCGGGUGCGCGGGGUACAGUCAUAGUGCCGUUUAGGACGGUGGAAGGGACGGCAAAGGGAGGUGGAGAAGACUUUGAAGACACUUACGGGGAGCUGGAGUUCAAGAAUGAUGAAACUGUCAAAGCAGUUCACAUCAAGGUAAUUGAUGAUGAGGAGUAUGAAAAGAACAAGAGUUUCUUCCUUGAGCUGAUGAGCCCCCGCAUGGUGGAUAUGAGUUUACACAAAGCAGCUCUUCUUGUUGAUCUGGGUGUUGGCUUUGCCUUCACAGAGGUGACCGAGAGGAAGCUGACAGUUGAAGAGGAGGAAGCCAAGAGGAUUGCAGAGAUGGGCAAGCCCAUCCUUGGUGAGCAUCCCAAGCUGGAAGUCAUCAUCGAGGAGUCCUAUGAGUUCAAGAGCACCGUGGACAAGCUGAUUAGGAAGACAAACCUGGCUCUGGUUGUAGGGACACACUCCUGGAGGGACCAGUUCCUGGAGGCCAUUACUGUCAGUGCAGCGGGGGAUGAGGACGAGGACGAGUCCGGCGAGGAGCGGCUGCCGUCGUGCUUCGACUACGUGAUGCAUUUCCUGACGGUGUUCUGGAAGGUGCUGUUUGCCUGUGUGCCCCCCACCGAGUACUGCAACGGCUGGGCCUGCUUCGCCGUGUCCAUCCUCAUCAUCGGCAUGCUCACGGCCGUCAUCGGCGACCUCGCCUCGCACUUCGGCUGCACCAUCGGCCUCAAGGACUCGGUCACCGCCGUCGUCUUCGUCGCCUUCGGCACCUCGGUACCAGACACGUUUGCCAGCAAGGCCGCGGCCAUCCAGGACGUGUACGCCGACGCCUCCAUCAGCAACGUCACGGGCAGCAACGCCGUCAACGUCUUCCUGGGCAUCGGGCUGGCCUGGUCCGUGGCAGCCAUCUACUGGGCGUCCCAGGGCCAGGAGUUCCAGGUGUCCGCCGGCACCUUGGCCUUCUCCGUCACCCUCUUCACCAUCUUCGCCUUCAUCUGCGUGAGCGUGCUGCUGUACCGGCGCCGGCCGCGGCUGGGCGGGGAGCUGGGCGGCCCCCGCGCCUGCAAACUGGCCACGGCCUCGCUCUUCGUCAGCCUCUGGCUGCUCUACAUCCUCUUCGCCACGCUGGAGGCCUACUGCUACAUCAAGGGGUUUUAGGGCACCGGCCUCCCCUCCCCAGCCCCCGUUACCUCACGGCCCCGGAGCGGCCGCCGCGGGGCCGAGCACCAGGGAGGCCCAAACCACCACAGGCUGGGUAAUAACCCCCCACCCCCAGGCAACACCCGCCUCACCCCACAGACGGUGCAGAAGG